AUGCAUACAACCAAGAACGAGAAGCGGCUUAAAGUCGCUAUUUUAGGGGGUGGGCCAGCAGGUCUUGGUCUCGCAAUCGAGUUAGCAAGACUCACAUUCAUCGACUGGGAGUUAUACGAAAAGAAACCCCAAAUCAGUGAGACAGGGGGAGGACUAUCACUACAGCCACAGAUUUGGAAGUUACUCGAGCAUAACGGUGCGGCGGCCCACCUUACUGCUAACGACUACUUUCGGUCAGCUGAGGGACAUCUUGAGCAAAGACGCAAUGGGAGAAGUGGGGAGCUGUUGACCAUAAAAUACAAUCCGAAAGACGUACCUUUGGAUCGCCGAAGUUGCCGUCUCGCCCGGUCCAAACUUCAAUCUGCCCUUUUAAAGAACGUGGACCAGACCCACAUAAAUCUGUCAAAGAAAUUGGUUCGAGUUGAACACCUCCCAGACAACCGUGUUCGCAUCUCGUUUGAGGAUGGUUUUGUGGACGAAGUUGACCUGUUAGUUGCAGCGGAUGGUCUCAGAUCUGUUAUUCGCAAUUUCAGCUUUCCGAAUAACACCCCUCAUUACAACGGACAGACCGUGUACCGUACUAUCGUUAGCAAGUCCGAGGUUAGGAAGAUCGAUGGCAUACCAUGGGCUCCUAUCUUUUGGAAGCAUGUUAGCGGCUUAUACGUAUAUACGUGUCCUCUCGGAGAUGAUGACUUUGAGGUGACACUCCGUAUACGUCGACCGCAAGAAGGGGCGGAGCCGCCCAGCUGGGGUCGACCAUUUGACUUACACACGCUCCUUCAUAAAUGCGAAGAUUUCUGCCCACAGAUCCGACAAAUCCUCAAUCUUGCCGCCAAAGGAGAAACACAGGAAUUCGCAUUAUUCUCUGGUCCUCGUCUAAAGCGCAUCGUGUCCCACGGGAACAUUGCUUUUAUCGGCGAUGCUUCUCAUCCCCUAUUGGGGAAUUUCGGAUCUGGCGCAUCAUUUGCCCUUGAAGAUGUGUAUACAUUAACCAAGAUCAUCGGCUGGGCUUUGCCUAGAGGAAGACCCUUGUCUGAUGCGCUCGACAUGUUUGAUUCUAUCAGGUCUCCUCAUUACGAGCGUCUUUAUAAAGUUUUGGAUAAUUUCACUAGCAUCAAGGCUACGCUUCGAGCAGAGGGCCUUCCGGUCGACGAGGAGAUUGCGGAACGAGUUAAGAGAAUAUCGCAGGCCUCCGUGUCGUGGAUGUACUAUUAUGAGAUUGACAAGGUGGUCGAUGGGUAUCUUCGUGGACUGGAGAAAUGCGAAAAUGAGGCUCGGCCUACGAGCAAGGUAGUAAAACAGGUGAUGAUGGGGUUGGGAGUUACAGUGAGGUAA